AGCAUGUGGAGCUCUCCAGUGGCCGUCCCUGUGGCCGUGAUGCUGCUGGUGGCAGCCACGCAGGCAGCAGCGAAGGUCACCCCGGCGCUGAGAUUCACCAAGCCGAAGCCAUCCCCUCCGCCGGGCGCUGCCAACCCUUCCCUCGCCCCCCUCGUGGGAGCCCCGGGCAGAGCCCAGCUGCCCUCCAUGAGCCCCGCGGUGCGGGCGGCCACCACGCUCUUCCCCUUCGAGAACGACACCCUGGACACGGCCGACUUCUUCUUCAACUGCUGCGACUGCUGUCCCCCCACCAGCGGGCCUCGGGGGCCGCCGGGGGAGCCGGGGCCUCCAGGUCCUAAGGGGGAGAAGGGAGAUGCUGGUGUGCAAGGUGUGCCGGGAACCCCGGGACCUCAAGGUCCCAAAGGCUUUAAAGGAGAAAGAGGAGGCAAAGGGGAGCAAGGCGAGCGAGGAAUAAGUGGAAACCCUGGUUAUCCAGGCAAGCCUGGGCUGCAAGGUGAAGCUGGAGUGAAAGGCAAUAAGGGCAGCUACGGCUUCCCCGGCCUGAAGGGACAAAAGGGCUCCAAGGGGGACACUUGUGAGAAUGGCACCAAAGGAGACAAGGGAGACAGGGGGGACGCCGGGGACCCGGGGGUGGAUGGAGAACAGGGUGACAAAGGGGAGAAGGGGGACACGGGGGACAAGGGGUAUUGUGGGGAGCCGGGGGGGAGAGGCCAAAAGGGGGAAAGAGGGGAAGGAGGGAUGAAGGGAGAAAAAGGCAGCAAAGGGGAGAUGGGGGCUGAGGGCAUUCAGGGGGCGGAGGGAAAGCAGGGAGAAAAGGGCGAGCAGGGAAGUAAGGGUGACAAAGGGGACCUGGGACCCGCCGGUGUGACGGGACCCUCGGGGCCCAAGGGGGUGGCUGGCAGCAAGGGGGGCCGUGGGGCACCGGGCAGGAAAGGCUCCCGUGGGGCGAAGGGGGCCCGAGGGGACGCCGCGAAGCUCCUGAGAUCAGCCUUCAGCGCCGGCUUGUCCAAACCCUUCCCUCCGCCCAACGUCCCCAUCCGGUUUGAUAAGAUUCUGUACAACGACCAGGAAGAUUACAACCCUUCCACCGGGAAAUUCAACUGCAGCGUGCCCGGGGCGUACGUCUUCGCCUACCACCUGACGGUGAGGGGCCGCCCGGCCCGUGUCAGCCUGGUGGCCCGCAGCAGGAAGGUGGCCAAGGCCCGUGAGACGCUCUACGGGCAGGAGAUCGACCAGGCCUCCUUCCUGACCGUCCUGAAGCUGAGUGCGGGCGACCAAGUAUGGCUGGAGGUUGCGCGGGACUGGAACGGGGUCUACGUCAGCGCUGAGGACGACAGCGUCUUCACGGGGUUCCUCCUGUACCCAGAUGUUCUUGAGAUCCUGCUGUAGGUUUAGAGGGCAAAGCUGUUGCUGAGGAUCAUGCCUUUCCCCCCUCCCUCCAGAGGAGAAACGAGUAUCAGUUCAGCGACUCUGCACUGUAUUGGUUUAGUUUCUAGGUUCUGUGAUUUUUCUACAAAAUGUUUGUGAAAGAGGGAUUUCUUUUAACUAGCAGCCCCAAGAAGCGGCACAUCCUUCAUGCAGGUGCUGAUAACCAAGAGAAUCCACUGCCCAAAGGCCUGCAGGACCAGCAUGGGGAAGGGGAACCUGAGGGGGCUUCACAUCAUGGGCUUCAGAUUUGUAACCAGCAUUAUCAAAUUACGUGAUGAAGCUCCUUAUCCAACUGAAAUUUUAAUCAAGCCAGCUGUGGCAAUCCUUGCAUGGUCAAAACUCCUCUGGCCAUCAGUACUGGUAACCAUCGGAAGGUCACAGUUUUGACAAAGGUUGUAGAGUUUGAUUCAUAGAGCUUAAUCCAACGCGAGCACGAGCAGUAGGUUUCUUCAAAUCAUGUGAAAAAAUAUACAAGUAUUUUGUCAUUGAAUCAGAAUUAUGUAGUACUUUAGACUGGUCAUGAUUUUUUUUUUUCAUAAAAAAAAAAUAAA